AUAGCAGAAUGAGCCCCUGUAAAAUGUGGAUUAACAAAGCACUAACCUUCCCAGUUUCCAUAGGCAUCCUCUCCCACCCAAACCUUAAACCCUACAAUCUCCUAAAACCCUGCACCUUCAAACUCUAUUGUAACUCUUCCGCGCCCAAAACAGAAACCCUAAUCAUGCCAUUAGAUGAAACAGAUGUUGGCAUCCAUUGUUACAUCUCUCAACUCCCUGGAUUCCGUGGAGUCCUUAAACAAAGAUAUGCAGAUUUUAUUGUUAACGAAGUUGAUACCGAUGGGAAUGUUGUCCGCUUAACUUCCUUAGAUGCUCCUUCAGAGAGUGUUGAAGAAAAGAAGGAAAAAGAAGAAGAAAAGGAAACGGAAACGGAAACAAAGUAUACAUCUGAAAUUGAAUCGUUUAGAUUACUUGCUGGUGAUACUGAUGCUGAUUUAUUGAAAGAUUUUAUCGAUAGAAUAAGAACUUCGGGCGGGGGCAAAGAUGAGAUAUCCCCGAUUGUUCUUUCUCCUGAUUAUGAUAAAAUUCAUAGAACGGCAGUUCAUAAUUAUUUUAAGGCGAAUUUGAAGUUUCUAGUUACGGAUACAGUUGAUGGACCUGACUCUGUGUCAAAAUGUAUUAGAGUGAGGCAACAUUCAGGUGGAAGUGAGAAUGGUAGGGGUUCUAGGAAAAGGAAAGAAAGAGGGGGUAAGCCUUUUGAUAGUAGAGGUACUGAUGAUUGGCCGGAGACCUUGGGCAAGUUCCUUAGGUUUAAUCUUUUCAAGGAGAAUAAGGACACACAAGAGGCAUUGGGAGUGAUAGGAAAGAUGCUUGGCGUCCAGCAACGGGCAUUUGGGUUUGCAGGUACGAAGGAUAAGCGUGCUAUAACAACUCAAAGGGUAACUGUUUUCAAGCAGCCAGUAAAAAAGUUGGCAAUCCUGAAUGGUAGAUUAAUCGGUAUCAAAGUUGGAGACUUUUGCUAUGUCAAGGAAGGACUUUCUCUUGGGCAGCUCCAAGGAAAUCGAUUUACAAUUACUUUGAGAGGAGUUACAGCAGAUUCCGAGGAUACUAUAAAAGCCGCUGCAGAUUCAUUAGGAAGGAGUGGAUUUAUCAACUACUUCGGUUUGCAACGUUUUGGAAGUGGUUCGGUCCCUACUCACCUUGUUGGAGCAGCAUUACUUCGAGGGGAGUGGAAAACUGUUGUUAGCAUGAUUCUUGAUCCAAGAGAAGGGGAGCGGGACAUCGUCAAAGAGGCUCGUGAAUAUUACAAGGAAAGUGGUGAUAUUGAUGGGACCCUAAGGAAAUUACCCUGUUAUCUUGUUGCCGAAACAGCUAUUCUCCAGUGCUUGAAGAAAUGCCCUGGGAACUACUUGCAGGCCCUGAAGGCUAUACCGAGGACUCUGAGGAUGAUGUACGUGCACAGUUACCAAAGUUACUUAUGGAACCAUGCGGCUAGUAUUAGAGUGCAAAAGCAUGGGAUUUCCCAAGUUAUACUAGGAGAUUUGGUACUCUGUAAAGAAGAUUCUACUGAGAAAGUGACUGAAUCCGUUAUUACUGAAUGUGAAGAUGAUAACCCUAUUGAGGCAGGGGAUUCUGGCCUUUUGGAUGAGAUCUCUGGAGCAGCAGUUCCUGAAGAAAUUGUCAGUUCUGUGAAGGUUGUAAAUUCUGAGGAUCUUCUCAAGGGAGAAUAUUCAAUUGAGGAUAUUGUACUCCCUCUCCCUGGUUCCAGAGUCAUCUAUCCGAUGAACGAUGUUGCUGAAAUUUAUCAUGAUCUGGCGAAGAAGGACAAUACCAACUUGACAGAAUGUGUACAUAGUUCCAAGGAGUUUUCUAUAACGAGUAUGACAGGAGGCUAUAGGCGGGUGUUUCAGAAACCAAUUGAUUUUGAAUGGGAAUUGCUGCGGUAUACAGAUGUUAAUCUCCCACUUGCAGAGACAGAUUUGGAUGUAAUUACAAAAUUGGAUGUAAUUACAAAAUCAAGAAAAAUAAACAUAGGAGUAGAAGACUUUACCAAUGAAAGCAGUUGCAAGAAUCAUGCUGACAACAACACAAAGAGGUCAGAAGAUUUCAAAACAGAGUAUAACAAUGAUAUAAAGGAUGGGGCAGAAGAGGGAUUAUCCCGUAUGGACUCAAUUUGUGAUUCUCAGCCAUCCCAAGUUGCUCUUAAGCUAGGUUUAACUCUUCCAUCUUCUUGUUAUGCCACGAUGGCCAUAAGGGAGCUGCUAAAAACAUCAACCUCAGUGGCCUUCCAUAAAACACUGAACCAAUGAGAAAAUUCUUAUGUUAUCUGGUCAUGUCAAUGGCUGGCUCCUAUCUCAAACCCGGGAUAGCUCCUAUGAAGCUGAGAAUUUGAAGAUACCUUGGGAUGGUAGUCAAUCAGUGAUUUUCUAGUGUAGAGACAUGGGCUGUAUAUGCACACAUAUAUUGUGUUUUUCAUGAUUUGGUAAUUCAUUGGAUCUUGUAUUAAUAACAGUUUUCAUUGGAUCUUGUAUUCACAGUCAUUUCUUUGUUGCAUAUCUUUAUUUUUCAUGAUUUGGUAAUUCAUUGGAUCUUGUAUUCA